AUGUUUGAAGAAGCUCGAGAAAAUGUUUUACCUGUUCAUGAUAGAGAUUUAAAACGAUGGGCGCUACAAAAAGCUGCUGAAGAUCCGAGUCUUGUAUUUGAAGCAUCCGAGCACUGGUUGCGAGUCUUCAAAUAUCGUCAUCGUAUUUGUUCCAGAAAAAUUACAAAAUUAGUAACUCGCCAUCAUGCAGAAGAUACUGAUGCUAUUAUUGAAUCUGCAGAUUCAUUCGUACGUGAUGCUAAACGGCAGAUGCAGAACUAUGCACAUGAAGAAAUUUUAAAUACCGAUCAGGUUGGAUUGGAGUUAGAGCUUCACUCCAGUAGAACCCUUUCGUAUGAGGGCGAAAAGGUUACUAUGGCACGUGUGAGAUCAAAAAAUGCUACGACGCAUUCUUACACAAUUCAACCGAUGAUAUCUGCUGCUGGAAAAUUGGUAGGUCCCCUCUUCCUUUGUUUGAAGGAGCCAAAGGGCAAGAUGAGUGAAAGUGAGUUAAUCUACUAUUCAUCGCAUAUGUAACGCACUAAUCCACAUUUUAUUAGAUAUAAAAAACAAAUUAUUUUCUGCUUCAAAUGUCGUUGUAACAUGCAGCUCUUCGGGAAAACUUACCACUUCAUUAGUUGAAUAUUGGAGGGAUCAUGUACUUCGUACGUCGGUUCCGUCUCAAUUCUUCUUACUCUCGGACUAUUGGCCUGGUCAAAGAAAUGCAGAUAUAUAUUCUGCUAUCGGAGGAUGUAAAAGGCUAGAAAUACCGGCUCAUACUACAUCGCGUAUUCAACCACUUGAUGUUUUCUUUAAUAGACAAUGGAAAUUGAUUGCCCGAUGUAUUUUCGAUUAUGUUCAACUCGAUGAUAUUGCGAUUAACUUGUCUGAACGAAAUAAUAUCAUUCGUUUAAACUCUCUCAUUCACAAUCAGUUAUCCUCACAUCUGUUCGUGCCUAUGAUAAAGUACUCAUGGUUUGCAUCAGGUUACAUCGACCAGCAUCCAGGACCUUUUCAGACUGUCAAUGAUAUUUGUUUCGAUAUUGGCAGCAACUUUUGUCAACAGCCGAACUGUAACUUACUCUCGUUUAUUCAAUGCAGUUACUGUCGUAAAUUUCUUUGCUUUGAGCAUUUUUUUGAAGCUUAUCAUUUUCACAAUUAAGUGUUUACUAUCUAUUCGUUAGAUUCAAUAACUUCGAAUAUAGUUCAUCGCAUAAAAUAGAACUAACAUAGCACCACUAUAAAUUAUGAAAAGACUAAUGAAGAUCCCAUAAGAGAUAACUUCCUCAAAAAUAUUUGAGCUUGUAUUACGUUUUUCUUUGCGAUAUAUUGUGGUGAUAUACAGUUAAAAUCGUUAUACUAUCACAAACUUGAAAAUUCGAUAUCUCAUGAUAGAAAGGCCAUGGGCCCAAAUCCUUUAGGAUUUAUUCUAGUCUAGAGGUCCCCUAUAUAUGCCAUAAAUAUGAGCUUAAAAGGGGGGAAUCAUCUCGGGCGGUUCCCUCGUUAGUGCUUUUCAUCAUUCCUCUAUUGUUCUUCUUAAGAGAAAACAAGCAACAUACCCUAUUUUAGAUAACAAUAUGUGUCAUGAUGGUAAUAAAAAGUUUAAAAAUCUAGCAUAGAGUACUUCUAGACAUCUGAUAUAUCUAUUGUAAAUAAUAGCAUUUCCCUCUCUAGGAAGAUGUAAGAAAAAAAAAAUAUUUCAUGAGGAAGACGGAACUUAUUUUACAUCCUUUAUAUAUGCUGACUACACGAUGACGAAUUUGCACAGCGAAGUAGAAUAUAUAUGAUGAAGAAGACUAUAUUGUGAAAGAAAAGAAUGCGAAUAACAACGUGACGGAUUCUAUAGGAGCUUUCUUGUCUACUCUGUUAAGGAGAGUUCGCUUUCGACACGUUAAUAAACUUGAAUGGGAAAAAACCAAGCCAUUCUUUUACAACGAUGUAUACGUGCUACAAUCAAUUCCAAAUCAAGUAUACAAUAAAACCAUACGAUGAGGCUCGUUUUGAUCGUAAGUAGAUUACCAUUAUCAUACUUUUUUAUGCCCAAUUCUAUGUUUCCGAAAUCAUGAAAAAAUUAGCAAUUAAUCCCGAUAUAUUGAAGCGAGAAUUCUAAGCUGAAACGUGAUAAAUCGUCAUUUUUUUUUCGAUGAUUUUGACGGUUUUUGUGAUAAACCGUGAGUUUUAUGCUCGAUUAUCAUUGUUCACCAUAUCGAUAGUGGCAAUGAUUUUGUUUGUCUAAUCUUAAUUUCUACUGUUCUAUAGACAAGUUCCUAUUACUACAUAAUGACUUAUAUUUAAUUGAGCAAUCAAAUAAUUUAAAUGAGCCAUAAUUAAAUUUACCAAUAAUUAUACUGAAUGAGCAAUAAUUUACUUAAAUAAGGGUAAAUUUUAUAUAAAAAGGGCAAUAUGAAUUCAUUUAUUUA